AAAAUGAAGAAAUUUGAAAAGAUGCUAAAGAAACCACAAUUGGGGGCACUAUCCGUGGUGCUGAUUUUCUCUCUGGGGCUUCCAGAAAUCACACUUACGUGUCCUCACCCAUGCGCCUGUUAUGUUCCCACUGAAGUUCAUUGCACAUUUCGAUCCUUAGUAGCUGUGCCAACAAGAAUCUCGAAACAUGUGGAACGAAUCAAUUUGGGGUUUAACAGCAUACAGACUAUAUCUGAAAACUCAUUUGCAGGACUUACAAAACUAGAACUUCUCAUGAUCCAUGGGAAUGACAUCCAAAAUAUACCUAAUGGGGCCUUAAAAGAUCUGUCAUCAUUACAGGUAUUCAAAAUAAGCUACAACAAGCUGCAAGUUUUAACUGGACAAACCCUCCAAGGGCUUUCCAGCCUAAUGAGACUGCAUGUGGACCACAACCGAAUCGAAUUCAUCCAUCCAAAUGCUUUUAAUGGAUUAACUUCCCUUCGACUUCUCCAUUUGGAAGGAAAUUUACUUCAACAGCUUCACCCCAACACAUUUUCCACAUUUAUCGUUCUGGAUUAUUUCAGGCUGUCAACAAUAAAGCACCUCUAUUUGUCUGAAAAUGCUAUUAGAACACUGCCUGUGGGCAUUUUUCAAAAAAUGCCACUCCUAGAGAACGUUUAUCUUCAUGGGAACCCCUGGUCCUGUGACUGCAGGUUGAGAUGGCUACUUGAAUGGAAUGAAAAGUCUGCAGGUAUCCUAAAGUGUAAAAAAGACAAAAUCUAUGAGGAUGGGCAACUUUGCCCAAAAUGCACCUACCCUAAGCAACUCCAGACACAUGAUAUUCAACAUUUGCAAGACAUUUCCUGCACAAAGCCCAUCAUACAGUCUCCACUAAAACUGAACAUCAGCCACAAUGAGGAGGAAGAGGAGGAAGAUGAUGACAGCUCUGAAAUUCACAGCAAAGGAUUUCAACUUACUCCAUGGAACAUUACUUUGAACUUGACAGAUGAGCAUGGAAACAUCGUGAACCUGAAUUGUGAAAUCAAGAAACCAACAGACUCCACCAAAAUCAAGUGGAAUCAAAUCUCUACCAAAGAAAUUGAAGUCAAUGUCUCCAUUUCCCUGGAUAUGGAGUGCCUCAUGAGCCGAGAAAACUAUGAAAAGCUGUGGAAGCUAAUUGCUUACUACAGUGAAGUCCCUGUCAAGUUAGAAAGGGAGCACGUACUCAGCCAUGAACCUAAGCUGAGCUACCAUUACAGGCAAGGGUCUGAUUAUGAUGCACUUUACUACACAGGUGUCAAAGGCAGGAUCCUUGCGGAGCCUGCCUGGUUGAUGCAGUCUCUAAUACACAUCCAAUUAAAUAGACGCCAAAGUACUGGGAAGAAAGUGGUGCUGUCUUUUUCUACCCAUGUUUCCCAAACCCUUCAAACUCAAGGAAACAGACAGCAGAGAAACAGCUGGGUUAUGAUAGAGCAAGACUUGCACACAAAGGCAGCUCAGAGUGUAGUAGAGGGUUCAGAUGCUCAUCUGAGCUGCAAUGUGAAAGCAACAGAAAGUCCUUCCAUCAAAUGGCUUCUUCCAGAUGGGACUAAAUUGAAAGCUCCAUUCAAAAUGGAGGACAACAGGUUUUCUGUCCUCAGCAGUGGUCAGCUGGUCAUCAAAUCAGUAGCCUAUGCUGAUUCAGGUGUCUACCAUUGUGUUGCUCAAGUAAGAAGUGAUGUUGAUUCAAUGUCCUACAGAAUUUUGGUGCAGCCUUCAGUCAUUCAGCCAGCAGACUCUGAGAUCAUAAAGGUUCAGAAAAACGUGGGCGAGUCCAUACUUUUGCCCUGCAGUGCGGUGGCCAUACCAGAUGCACACCUAAGCUGGAUACUCCCAAACAGCUAUGUUCUCAAUGAUUUAUCAAACUCCUCCAAUGGGUACCUUUUAGACAAUGGCUCACUGUUAAUUCCACACAGCCAUGUCAGUGACAGUGGGUAUUAUAGGUGUGUGGCUAUAAACCAACAAGGAUCAGAUAAAUUUGCCAUAAGAGUAAUAGUAAAUAAAAUGGUGUCUGACAGAUCCUCAAAAAGCAUGAAAUUAAAAAAGCGUCCUGGUUCAAGAACAUCAGUAAAAACAAAGGUUCAAGUCAUAGAUGAUGAUGAGGGCUCAGGUGCUGGAGAGACAGAUGAAACUCUGAGUAAAAAAAUCCACUUGAAGAACCAUGAAGUAUCCCUUAAACAGAAGACUGACAAUGUUUUUCAUGGUCAUGUUAAAAAGAAUAAAAAAGGAAAACGCAAAAUGAAGUUAUGGAAAGGAAUGGAUAGUUCUCCAGAGAUCAAUGUUGCAGAGGGACGUAGAGUAUUUGAAUCUCGGAGGAGAAUAAACAUGGCAAACAAGCAGAUAAACCCACAGCACUGGGCCAACAUUUUGGCCAAGGUCCGUGGCAAAAAGUUUCCUAGAACAACUUUGGCUCCAGUCCCUUCUCUAAGGAUUACUACAGAGACUCCAUUCAUGCAUAAAACUAUAAGACCUCCUCCUAUUGUCAGUCCCCCACAAAUGACUACUAUGGAAUUUCCUGUCAGUGGAGAGGAGUCGUCUGGUGACAUAUCUUACUUGGGAGAGACACAGCCACUUUCAGUCACCGGCCCUCCCAUUAUUGUUGCACAGGAUUAUAAUCAGUUUCAAUCACCUACAGUAGGAAGUCCUGAGACCAAGCCUGUUAUAGAGUACAAAUCAUCAACACCUAUUGCUAAAGAUUCUUGGAUCUCCCCAACUGAACAAUCACAACAGUGGAAACACAGUGAUUUGAGAACAGAUUAUUACCCAACAGAACCCAAUUCUUUCACCAAAGAGCAUUCAAAUGAAGAAGUAAUAAGCAGCCAAUCUUAUACUCAGAGCACUUUAAUCACAGCACACAAGGAGGUUAGAACCACACAGUAUACAUUUUCUUCUGUAGAAAGACCACUAGAAGCUGAUGUCUCUGCAGGCCAUCAGACCUCUGAAAGCUCCCAAAUCACCAUUUUUAUACCUACUUCUCCACUUAAAGAUUCUGGUCCUGGGAACAGUGAUAGCAUAGAACAUCUGCAAGUAAACAAAAAUUCUGACCCAAACAUGGUAUUGGAAGGAGUAAUACUUGAAAACAUUCAUAUUCCAAUACCAGAGUCUGUUUCUAAUUUGGAAAGAACUGCUGCUCCGUUUAAUAAACGUGACUGGCUAAUGACUUCUGCUGCUGACAGACUAACCACAGUGGCAGUCAUUCCCGACCAUGGAAGAAAAAACACUCUUUCUAACUCACAGGUUCCCCCGCAUUCUCGAAGAAGACCAUAUGGAAGAAGGAGAUUAAGACCAAACAGGUUCAGAAGACCAAGACCUAUUCCUCCUACUGCCUCUCCUGUGGGAGCUAGGCCUUUUGUUCAAAAUAAACCUAAAACUGAAGCUGCAACCCAGAGUUUGCAAAGAUAUAUUUAUAGGAGUCAUCAUAUACCUGAUGCUGAAGUUUCAAAUGAACAUAAACCUUUGGAAGAGAGCUCUUCUUUAAUUACAAGUACUAGUGCUUUACAAAAAUCCAUCCAAGUCCAUGACCUGGAAGCAGUUUCUGUCCUCAGUCUUUCUCCUUCACCGCCUAGGACACCUGCAACAGUUUCUAAUAUUACCAAAGAGCAGAAAAUUCAGACUGUGGUAUCACUACAUGAGGCAUUGAUCACAGCCUGUGAUCCAGAACUGUUCUUAGAUCCUAGCUUAGGGCAUAAGCUUACAACAUCAGCAGACAAUGAAUUCAUCCAAACCAUUGAAGGAAAUGUGCCUACAACAGGCUAUGAAGGCAUGGAUGCACAUACACCAAGCUCUUCAGUAUCUAUUGCAGGUUUCACUAGAUUACUGGUUUCCUCAGUUCCAGAAUUUGAAAAAGGAUCUGUAGGUUCAUCAUCUCCAGAAAAUAAAGUCAUCCCUAAAGCACCUCAAUCAAGCCUGGCCAAUAUACAAGCUUGGGCUACUGUUGAUAGCACAGCAGUUCAUUUUACCAAUCCUUCAAAUGUCGAUGAACUGCAGAAAUCUUCAGCCUCGCUAACACUGACUACAAUCACAUCAUCUUCUAAUCAAAGAGAAACAGAGACUUCACCUCACUAUAGUACAAUAAUUGAUGAUCUUUUAACACCUCCAGAAACUAACCAAGCUACCAGCCUUUUACAUAAUCAAACACAAAUAACAACAUCUUCGAGUAACACAAAGAAAACUAUCACUCAAUUACAAAACCAUAAUGAUCAGACUUCUAUUCAUAGAACUGAAAUAAACUAUUCUCCAGUUUUGCCCACUGCAUCUGCAUCUCUGGCGACUACUCUCCCACCAUUGGAAUCUAGCACUCUUAAUUGGUCUGACCAUUUUUCUGCUAAGGAAAAUUAUACACCUGGUCAAGUCCUAUCUCCUGACCUUAAAGGAUCCAGUGCUGAUAAUAUACAAGCCAAAUUUGGCUCACGGCAGAAUGAACUUUUCUUUAUCCAUUCAAACCAGGACAGAAUAACCACACAGCAAAAGCAAGUGCAACUGAAGGAAUCAUCUGGUAGCAGAACAUUCAACAACUUAGCUCUGAAUCCAAAUGUUCCUCACCAACCAAUGGGAGUUAUACCAAUUUUUAAUCAGCCACCUGCUUUUUCACCACCAAAACGUCCUCUCGUGAGAGCUACAGUGAGGCCUCCAUAUCUCAUUGCACCAGGUCUAUUUUAUCGUUUUGGAACUCAUCAGCCUCCCCUUCAUUAUACCAAUAAACCAGAAAUAACUGCCUAUGCUGCUCACACCACACAAGACAGAAAAAUAUCUCCUCUUUACACAGAGACCUUUCUUACCACAACAGCAGCUCCACUAUACAGACCUAAGUCAAAUCUUCCAAGCAGAUUUGGCAAUCAGGGUGAAACCAGAUACAACAUUCCAUCUAGAGUUUUUGUCAAUAACUACCUUCCUGAUACCAAAGACAAGCAUGGAAAAAUAAUAAAUCAAGCUAUACCAUAUAUCCCCAAGCCCAGAAUGCCCUUCCUGAUUAACAGAACCAGAGUAGUCCAAUACUUGGAUAUAAAUUCUAAAUCCAUGAUGACUAAUCAGCUUGCCCCAGCAAGCUCAACCAAGAAGAAAUUUAUCUUUCCAACCAGUGUAACACAGAGCACUUCUGGAAAGGUCACAGCUAUUCCAGUCCCUCCCGUGGCCUUAAGUACUGUACCACCAGCUGUAACUAUCCCUCCUGCAUUCAUAACUCCAAGCAUUAAACCUCAAAUGGCAUCAACCUUACAGUUGUCCCAAAGCAUCACUAACAGCAAUCUACAUGUGCCAUUUGUGCCUAAACUGGGAGGAAAGGCAUUUAAUUCUAGCAUAAUUAAAUCUUCCACAAAUCUUAGCACACAGGGAACAAGGCCUAAGAUUUUAACAAAAGGAUUUAACAGUGUAUCCAUCCUUGCGGAAUCAGAUGCUGUUAUCCCUUGUGAUGCCACAGGAGAACCCAAACCUUUCCUUUCUUGGACAAAAGUCUCCACAGGGGCUCUAAUGACAGCUAAUACAAGGAUACAACGUUUUGAAGUCUUGAAAAAUGGUACAUUCAUUGUCCGCAAAGUUCAGCUUCAGGACCGUGGACAGUAUUUAUGCAUGGCUCAGAACCUGCACGGUGUUGAUAAAAUGAUUGUUCUGUUGACAGUCCUGGCCCAGCAGCCCAAAAUAUUAGGUUCCCGCUUCAGAGAUGUGACUGUUUAUUUUGGAGAAAAGGUGACAAUGGAUUGCCAAGCCACUGGACUCCCAAGCCCACACAUUUCUUGGAUUUUCCCUGACAGGAAAAUAUUGCAAACUCUGAGUACCACAGAGGGAAGAGUGAUGCUGUAUGAGAACCGAACCUUAUCCCUCAAGGACACUAACUUCGCAGACCGGGGAGUUUACAAGUGCAUAGCCAGCAAUACUGCAGGGGCCGAUAGCAUUGCUGUGAGACUUCACAUAGCUGCCUUACCACCUAUUAUCCAACAAGAAAAACAGCAAAACAUUUCCCUUAAUGUGGGACAGAACAUUAAUAUUCACUGUAGUGCCAAAGCAGCUCCUUUGCCAAGCAUCCGUUGGGUGCUUUUUGAUGGUACCCAGAUUAGGACUUCCCAGUUUGUCCAUGGGAAUCUGUUUGUUUUUCCAAAUGGAACCCUUUACAUACGCAAUGUUUCACCCAAAGACAGUGGGAGCUAUGAAUGUAUUGCAGCCAACAUGGUAGGUGCUGCCAGGAGAUUGGUAUGGUUGCAUGUCAAGAAGCAGUCGACAAAUGCCAAGAUCACUGGGAGUUCUCCUCAGAGAACUGAUUUGUCAUAUGGUAGCACCCUACGGUUGGACUGCAGUGCAUCAGGGGACCCCUGGCCACGGAUACUCUGGAGACUGCCUUCCAAAAGAAUGGUGGAUUCUGUACACAGUUUGGACAGCAGAAUCAAGGUGUUUGGCAAUGGAACUUUGUUUGUCCAUUCCAUCACUGACAAGGACGCAGGAGACUAUCUCUGUGUGGCCCGCAAUAAGAUUGGAGAUGAUUACGUGGUCCUCAAAGUGAAUGUGAUGAUGAAACCGGCAAAAAUAGAACACAAGAAUGAGAAUAACCACAAGGUGUUGUAUGGCGGGGAUCUGAAAGUUGACUGUGUAGCCACAGGUCUGCCAAACCCCGAGAUCUCCUGGAGCCUUCCAGAUGGCAGCAUGGUCAACACUUUGAUGCAAUCUGAUGACAGUGGAAGCCGAGCAAAGAGAUAUGUGGUGUUCAACAACGGGACGCUGUACUUCAAUGAAGUAGGACUGAGAGAAGAGGGGGACUACACCUGUUAUGCUGAGAACCAGAUUGGCAAAGAUGAAAUGAAAGUACGAGUCAAAGUAGUGGCUGAGCCUGCCAGUAUUAGGAACAAAACCUUCACAACUAUCAAUGUCCCAUAUGGGGAUGUGGUAUCUGUAGGAUGUGAAGCCAAAGGUGAGCCCGCUCCUAAAGUUACCUGGUUGUCUCCAAGCAACAGACCCAUCCCACUUCUGUCAGAUAAAUAUCAGGUGUACAGAGAUGGGACACUUCUCAUUCAGAAAGCACAAAGAUCUGACAGUGGCAACUAUACGUGUAUUGCUCGGAACAGUGCCGGGGAAGACCGGAAAAUUGUCUUGAUCCACAUCAAUGUCCAGCCUCCCAGAAUCAAUGGGUAUCCCAGCACCAUCACCUCAGUGAGAGAAACAGCUAUGAAAGAUAGCCGUAAACUGAUUGACUGCAAGGCAGAAGGCAUCCCAUCUCCACGGGUCAUGUGGGCCUUUCCAGAAGGAGUGAUCCUACCUGCUCCUUAUUAUGGGAAUAGAAUCACAGUGCACCGUAAUGGCACGUUAGACAUUCGGGGAGUGAGACAGACUGAUUCAGUGCAACUGGUGUGUAUUGGCAGAAAUGAAGGUGGGGAGGCCAGGCUGAUUGUGCAGCUACAAGUAAUGGACCAUGUGGAAAAUCCCACCUUCAGGGAUCCAAUCACUGAAAAGAUCACUGCCACUGCAGGCCACAGCAUCAAUCUGAACUGCUCAGUUCAUGGAAAUCCUCAGCCUAGCACAGCCUGGAUCCUUCCCAAUGGCACAGAACUUCAAAGAGCCACUCAUUUGCAUAGAUUUUACCAUAAGAGAGAUGGGAUACUUCACAUCAGUGCCCUCUCUGGAACAGAUGCCGGCACUUAUCACUGCAUGGCCAGGAACCCAGGUGGUUCUGCUGAGCGAGUGGUCUUCCUCAGAGUGGGCCUUAAACCAGAAAUCAGCAAUCCAUAUAACAACCUGGUGAGCAUCAUCAACGGGGAGACCCUGCAGCUUCACUGCAUAACCCAGCCCAGUCAGCGGGCUCGUGUAACCUGGACUCUGCCCAAUGGGAUGAUAUUAGAUAGCCCUCAGACCAUUGGUCGAUUCUCCCUGUUGCAGAAUGGCACCCUCACAGUUCGCGAAGCAUCUGUAUUUGACAGAGGUACUUAUCUGUGCAAGGUGGCAACUGAGUAUGGUUCUUCUCUUAUGAAUGUUCCAGUGAUUGUGAUUGCCUACCCACCCCGCAUCACAAGCGAACCAGCUCCUGUCAUCUAUGCAAGGCCUGGCAAUACAGUGAAGCUGAAUUGUAUGGCCAUUGGGAUUCCUAAAGCAGAAAUAACCUGGGAACUCCCAGACAAAUCACAUCUGACAACAGGAGCUCAGUCCCGUCUGUAUGGAAACAAAUUCCUUCACCCUCAGGGCUCAUUAAUCAUCCAACAAUCUACACAAAGAGAUGCAGGCUUCUACAAAUGCACUGCUAAAAAUAUACUUGGCAGCGAUUCAAAAGCAACCUACAUACACAUAUUCUAAAGUUCAAACAAAUGCCUUUUGAAUACACAAAUAUUCAAAGAUCCUGCCAAGUGAG